ACUGUAGUUCUAGGAUCUGAGUGACCACCAAGGCGCUGAGACUUAUGGGAAAUUAUUUACUGAGCAGUGAGCAGUGCACCUAGUAGAUCUGCGAACUCUGCAUAGAUCGUAAUCGUUUUCAGUAGUUUUUCCCUAUAAACAGUAGCACCUGUCAUUCAGCAAACACUAAGGCAGACAGUAGCUGCAGGCUUAUAGGGGCGCUACAUACCUACAUGGUGAUCCCGGGGAAUUCACUACACAAGCAUAGUCUAUUCACCUUGAGAUUUGAUGACAUAAAAGAAUCUGCUGGGAGCUCCUAGUACACACAGAAAACGUGUCACUCCAGUGCUGCUGCUCAGUGAUCCCUCCCUGAUCUGACAACAUCUGGCACAUGAAACCGAUCAGCUGCAGGUCCCCUGUCAGGUAUAUAGUUUUCUAAACCAGUAAAAUAUGGCUUCUUGUGAGACUGGAAAACCGUUGAAUGAAACCAGUAACAACAUCUGGGACACACAAUGUGCAGACACGGAACUGUCAGAUCCUGACACCUGUGACAUCCCAUAUUAUGCCUGUGAGUUUGUAGAAAGAGAGAUCGGAAAUGAUUUCAAGUCACUGAAGAAUGUUUCAAAGCUCUUGGAGACCAUGACAGAACAACAGAAGCAUUUGGAAGAGCAGGUUCUUACCGUUUCCUCAGAAGCUCCUAAAAGAAUUCAGACUGCUCUUAAGAAUGCAGAGGAUUCAAAAACAGCCCUCGGGGACCUUAUAGAGAAAGAAGCACUGGUGACUCAGUCUAUCAGCAAGCACCUGGUGGAGUCUGAACCUUGGAUGGAAGAUCUUGGCCUAUUAAUAGGAGAGAUGGAAGAAAUUGAGCGACACCUUUCCUACCUCAAAUGGAUAUCACAAAUAGAGGAACUCAGUGAUAACAUUCAACAACAUCUUAUGACAAACGAUGUCCCAGAAGCAGCCAGCACCUUAGUGUCUAUGGCUGAGUUGGCCAUUAAACUUCAAGACUCUUCCUGUAGCCAUUUGCUGAAUUUUAUAAAGUCUACUGUUCAAUUCUGGCACAAAAUUCUAAAAGAUAAAUUAACAAGUGACUUUGAAGAAGUUUUAAACCAACUGCACUGGCCAUUCAUUGGCCCCCCACAUUUACAGCUCACUGGAUUGUCUUCGUCAACCAGCCAAUCAGAAGUUUACGCUAACCUGGAAUUAUUAUUUACACAACUUCUUAAACUACAAACUUCAGAUGAAUUAAUUUCGAAACCUAAACAGAUGCCAGAGAAAUAUUCCCUGCCAGUGUCGGCACCCAUCAUUCUUCCCUUGCAGAUUAUGCUAUUGCCGCUCCAGAAGAGGUUCCGCUAUCAUUUUACAGGCAACAGACAGACAAAUGUUUUAAGUAAGCCAGAGUGGUACCUUACUCAAAUACUUAUGUGGAUUGGAAACCACACAAAGUUUUUAAAUGAGAAGAUCCAGCCCAUUCUGAACAAAGCAGGUUCACCUGUGAACGCAUUGCUGGAAUUCACCCGGGGACUGGUCAUGCUUGUUUUAGAGAAGCUGUCUAUGGAUAUCUCUUUUCUGCUGUAUGAUGAUGUCCUCUUUUGUCAUCUUGUGGAUGAAGUGCUUACGUUUCAGCGAGAGCUCCAGCUGACUCAUGGUUAUCUCAGCAACCUUCCAAACUGCAUGCACAUUCUGUCAGAGGAGACCUGCUUUCAAAGAUGGCUGAUGGUGGAAAGAAAACUGGCUCUUGAAAAAAUGGAUUCAAUGCUUUCAUCAGAGGCUGCCUGGACCUCUCAGUACAAAGAUAUCUCAGAUGUGGAUGAAAUGAAAGUCCCAGACUGUGCAGAGACAUUCAUGACUCUAUUGCUUGUUAUCACAGAUCGGUAUAAGAAUCUCCCAACAGCUGCUAGAAAGCUAAAAUUCCUGGAGCUACAGAAGGACUUAGUUGAUGAUUUCAGGAUCCGGUUGACACAAGUAAUGAAGGAAGAGAGCAGAGCGCCACUGGGCUUCCGGUACUGCGCCAUCCUCAAUGCAGUCAAUUACAUCGCGACUGUGCUUGGUGACUGGGCUGACAACGUCUUUUUCCUACAGCUUCAACAAGCUGCACUGGAUGUUUGUACAGACAUCAACUCAAGCAGUAAGCUGCAGCUUGGGCUGUUGGCUUCUAUGGAAAUCUCUGUUUUUGAUGACCUGAUAAACCUUCUAGAACGUCUGAAAAAUGACAUGUUAUCCCGACAGGUAGAAUAUGUCUUUAAGGAGGUGAAAGAAGCAGCGAGGAUGUACAGGAAAGAAAGAUGGUUGUCGUUGCCAUCGCAGUCAGAACAAGCUGUGAUGUCGUUAUCUAGUACCGCAUGUCCGAUGCUUGUAGCACUAAGGGAUCGUCUGUUGCAGAUGGAACAGCAGCUCUGCCACACUCUCUUUAAAACCGUCUGGCAGAUGCUGGCAGAAAAGUUGGAUUUGUUCAUUUAUCAAGAUAUAAUCCUGGCAAAUCAUUUCAAUGAAGGAGGUGCAGCCCAACUACAGUUUGAUAUGACGCGGAAUCUCUUCCCCUUAUUUUCACAUUAUUGCAAAAGGCCUGAAAAUUAUUUUAAACAUGUGAAAGAAGCCUGCAUUAUCCUAAAUCUGAAUGUGGGCCCAGCGCUUCUGCUGAAAGAUGUGCUGCAGUCAGACGAUACCAACAAGAGAGGAAACUACAAUAAUGACAAAAUGCCUUCUUCAGUAGCUGCACUGAAUGAACUUGGGGUUUAUAAAUUGGCCCCUCAAGAUGUGGAGAUUCUUUUCAAUUUAAGGACAAAUUGGCCAAAUACUGGAAAAUAACAGCAUUCUGUAUUUAUCUUUGGACUCUGUAACUAUGUAUAAGUGUACUAUAAAUUCAUGAAGUGUAAUUGAAAAAUUCCUGUUAGAAACAAAUAUGGUUAAUGGCAUUGCAAAUAAGCACUUACACUUUUCUUAAUACAUCUACUUUCUCAUUUUAUAGAAAAUACAUCUUUUUGUUGUAUGUCUAUAAAAAUGUAAUUAUGCAAUAUUAAAACAGAUGCAACAUAAUAGUUACAUAGCAGUAUAGGCUGAAAAAGGACUCAAGUCCGUUAUAAUAAACUUUCAAAAAUGUUUUAACCCCA